AGAAGUAUAAAGAACUAUGCUUGAACUAUUAAAUAAACUUGUGUGGGAUUUAGUCCUAAUUAUAGAAUUAAAGUACUAUAUAUAUAUAAUAAUUAUAUUAGGUUAUUGCAGCAACUAACAGACCUGAUAUUUUAGAUCCUACUUUGUUACGAUCUGGAAGGUUAGAUAGAAAAAUUGAAUUCCCAUUACCUAAUGAAGAAGUUAGAGGUAUGAUUGCAUUAAAUAGAAGAGAAACAUUCUUAUACAUAAAGAUUUUGUUGAAGGAAUUGCUGUUGUACAAGCAAAAAAGAAAGGUAGCUUAAAUUAUUAUGCUUGA